AUGGACGACGGGUUGGAUGGCCUCGCCGCGCUUCAUGCCCGCCGCAAGCGCCGCAAGCCGCUCACUGCGCCUGCGCCCGUUCUCCCGCCGCCCUUGCCCAUCCUCCACCGGCUAGCGCCCGACGCAUCCCCGCCUGCAAUGACAACGCCGGUGCCUGGGGCAGUCUCGCGCCAUCCCACGGCCGCCUCGCCGCCCGCCGCCUCGCCGCCCGCCGCCCGCCCCUCACUCGCCGCCCGUCUGGCGUUGCUCACGGCCGCCCGCCAGGCCGAGGCACGCGCCGCCAGCGCCAAACGGUUCGCCGAGCGUCGCCGCGCACUCUUGGCUCCCCCGUCGCCCGAGCUGAAGCCCAAGCCGUCGCCAAAGCCAAAGACGUCGCCAAAGCCAAAGUCCAAGUCGAAGCGCAAGCGAAGUCAGAGUGUCUCUCCGCCACCCCCCUCCCCGCCGCCGUCCCCACCGCCUCCGCCAUCGCCGCUCGCCACCGAUGCGGCCUCGCCGCUCUCGGCCGACGACAUUCGGCCGGCGCUGCCGCUGCCCGAGGGCAAGGAGGCGACGUUUCCGAUCUAUCUCGACGCGACGACAGCGAUUAACCGACACUAUGCGGUGCAUUUGCGCGAUUAUCAGGUGGCGGGCGUCAAGUUCCUCUACUCGCGGGUGGCGGCCGGCAAGGGCGCGCUGCUGGGCGACUCGAUGGGGUUGGGCAAGACGACGCAGCUACUCGCGCUGCUCUCGGCGCUCAACGGGCAGAGCGGGACGAUGGUCGACCGGACGUCCGAGGUGCGAUGCAUGGCGCUGGUGGUGGUGCCGGGCUCGGUCAUGUACCAGUGGCGCGACGAGGUGAGGCGGUGGACAUUCCUGCGCGUUUGCGUGUAUCACGGAUCGCAGAGUGCACGGGCGGCGGCGCUCCAUCAGGGCCUUCUCGGGCCGCACGUUCGGCCGCACAUUCUAGUGACGACGUACGGAACGGCGCGGCGGCGGGUUGACGAGCUCUCGCAGCUGAAGCUCGGCGUGAUGGUCUUUGACGAGAUCCACUGCCUCCGCAAUCCCGACACGGUCACCCACUCUCAGCUUAACAAGCUCCAGCCGCGGGUCCCGCGGAUCGGGCUCUCGGGUACGAUUGUGCAGAACAAGCUUGAGGAGCUGUACACGGUUGUCGACUUUGUGGCGCGCGGACACCUCGGCUCGUACAACGUGUUUGUGACCAAGACCGCGACCGUCAUUCGGACCGGGCGCAAGGCCGACGCGACCAACGGGCAGAUUGCCGCCGCCCGCUUCGCCGCCGCCGACCUUGUCAAGCGCCUGCGGGUUGUUCUUCUCCAGCGCGACAAGUCGGUUGUGGCGAGGACCAUGCCGCGCAAGUCCGAGUACGUAGUCAUCUGCCCGCUGACUCGGGCGCAGAUGACCGCCUACCGCGUGACGCUCGAGUCGCCGGCAGUUGCCUCGCUGCUCGCCGGCUCGCACUCGUCGGUGGCGUCGACCGCUCGCAAAGAGGACUUGCCGCACGAAAAACCCGCGCUGUUUCGGGUCAUGGUCCGGCUCGGCAAGAUCGCAAACCACCUAGGCCUGCUCCUGCCGCGGGCAAGCGACGAGGCGGAGAAGCAGGCGCGCGACGCCGCGUUUCUCGAGUCGGUCUCGCCGCCGCAUGCGCUGCUAGCAGCGAUGCAGCGCGGGGGUGCUCAGCUGCUGGCACUCUCCUCACAGGAACUCUGCGGCAAGAUGGCGGUUGUCCGGUCGCUGCUGACCCAGUGGGCAGCCGCGUCGCCGCCACCCAAGAUCCUGCUCUUCUCGUACUCUACGCGGAUCCUGGACAUUCUCGAGUCAUCGCUGGUGGCGAUGGGCACCGACUAUUGCCGCAUCGACGGCUCUGUCUCGCUCCGCAAGCGGCACGCACUCGUCACAGAGUUCAACAACUCGCCGCUCAAGCGGGUCUUUCUGCUCUCGGGCAAGGCCGGGGCGCUCGGGCUCAACCUGACGGCGGCGACCAAGGUCAUCAUCUUUGACCCGCACUGGAAUCCGGCGUUUGACAAGCAGGCGCAGGACCGAGCGUACCGGAUUGGGCAGAGCCAUGACGUCGAGGUCUUCCGGCUCAUUGCCUCGGGUACCAUCGAAGAGCUGGUGUACAACCGGCAGGUGUACAAGGAGCACGAGGCGACGGCGACGGCGAGCGGAGCGCUCCCGCCGCGGUUCUACACUGCAGUGCUCAACAUCAACAACGGCGAGCUGUUUGGCAUGAUCAACCUCCUCUCGUCGUCGCUCAAGCACUUUACCCGCUCGAUCAAGGCCGCCGAGGCGCAGCGUGCCUCGUCGUACGAGAUCGCCGACGCCUCGUUUCUCAACGACCUCGCGAGCGACGGUGGGAGCGAGGCUCCCGCCGCUUCUGGCCACAGCGACCCGGACGCGCAGCUUGCCGCCGCGCUCGGUGUCCUUGACGUCAUCCAGCACAAGACGAUGGUCGGGCACUCGUCGGUCGAGGCCGUGGUCUCGGGGCGGGCCACGUCGCACGCCGCAGCCUCGCUCGCUCACGUCGGACCCGAGGUGGUCGCCCGUCGCAUCGCCUGGCUCCGGGCUGCCUUUGAUGACCUCGCCCGUGCCGUCGGGCUCUCGGUCCUGGAGUAUGCGGUCAACGUGGUGCGAAUGCCACCGCGGGCGCGUGAGCUCGAAGCCCGCAAGGCGCGGCUGGCGCUGCUUGCCGCGCGCCGCGCCGAAGCUGGGGCGGCUUCCGCCAAGAUCAAGUCGCAGCCGCGGCCGUCGCCGCCGCCGCCGCCGUCGCCGGAGCCGCAGUCGCAGCCUCAACCGAUGGACAUCCCCAGUUCAAUCCCGAUGCCGUCGGUGGUGCUUCCAGUCCGCGGCGAGUCGCCAGACAUCGAGCUGUAGCGGUUGUCCGAUGGCGGGCCGAGUGCGACUUGGCGGUCGCAGCCAAUCAAAUACAAAAACGUAAAUUCGAUUCACG